AUGGCACGACGUAUUGAUAUAAAGCUGAUUGAUCUCAAAGCUCUCGAGAAGGCUGGUGGCGAUCUCUCGGGAUUUCCCACACCCGCUUGGUCCAUUGAUGGCGACCAAAAGAUCUGUGAUGACUGUUCCAUCGAAACGGCGUUCUUAUCAGUUACCGCACCUGGUGCGGAAUCUGCCCAGCUGGCUCGAGAAUGCAAUGAGUAUGGUAAAGCUUUGAGGGAGAAAUUCCCAAAAAAGUACAGCUUCUUUGCAGCGUUGCCCGAUAUCCUCGAUACUAAGGCGGCAUUAGAAGAGAUUCGAUAUGCCCUUGAUGAGCUGAAGGCUGAUGGAGUCACACUUUUCACCCGCUACGGAGAUGCGAACUACUACUUGGGCCAUCCAGAUAUCCGCCCUAUCUGGGAGGAACUGGAUCGGCGUAGUGCAGUAGUGUUUAUCCAUCCAACUCAUGCAGUGGAUACCAACCUCGUCAACAAAAUGCUUCCACAGCCCUUUAUUGACUAUCCACACGAGACCACUCGCACUGCCGUCGACCUCAUCACCACUGAUACCGUUCGCAAGUACAAGAACUGCAAAAUAAUUCUCUCUCACGGUGGAGGUACUUUGCCUUCCCUUGCUCUGCGUCCCGCGAUUGCCAUGAAGGAAUGCGGGCUCUGUGACAUGACCGCCGAGCAUUUCCUAGAGAAUGCGCGAAUGUUUUACUACGACCUGGCCCUUACCGACUCAACCUUUGCUUUGCCGCUUCUGCAGAAAUUCGCUUCGCCUGAUCACAUCCUCUAUGGAAGUGAUUUUCCAUAUGCGCCAAACUCUGCAAUCAAAUAUUUCAGCAAGAGCCUGGCUGAAGCUGAAAUUUCGGAGGAAGAGGCGGACAAGAUCAAUUCUGGCAACGCGCUGAAGUUAUUCCCUCGCCUCAGUGGUGUUUGA